AUGCUGGGAAUAGAAGAACUACUGACUAAUCAAUUUGAUCAAGCCAAGGAAGUACAAGAUCAAGAUAGAGAAAGCGAUGAAAUAGUUGAAGAAGAAGUAUUAGUAUAUCCAUCAUAUUCAUUACAAAAUUCAUUUAUAUCAACCAUAGAUCAUUUACCUUGUGAUAUUAUAAGAUCAUUGUGGCUAAUACAAUCAUGUAAUAUUAAGAUUAACACAUAUAAAGAAGAAUUGGAAAAAAUUUUGGAAAAAUAUCAAUUAACAAGUCAAAUACUGGAUGAUGAAUUAUCAAGAAUAUAUAAUUUAAAACAUCUAAUAAUACAACUAUCAAAUGAGACAAUACAAGAAGCAACAACUUUGAAUAAUCAAUUAAUUACUCACAAAUUAUAUUUACAUGAUGAAAUUAAUCAAUUAUCUCAAAUAAAAGAUAAGAAACAAGAAGUUACAAAUGUAAACAAUUUUAAAAAAUAUGAUCAAUUAAAAUCUCAAUUAAGACAACAUUAUAUGGAUCAUCCAUUAAAAUCUCAAAUUGAAGCAAUUAACGAAGGUAAAACAACACCAAAAAAAAUCUCAACAACUACAAAAUCAGGUUUAAAAUUAAUUUUAAAAUUACCUAAACAAGAUAAAGUUAUAAAACCAAAAAUUAAUGGAUUUUCUUCUUCAUCAGCAAUUGUAAAACAACAAAAUCAUCCUAAAUUGAAAACGAUAAUCAAACCAAAAUUACAAAAUAAAGAAGAACCAAAAAAAAUCAAACAUAUAAAGAAAGUAGAAACUGAAGUUGAACUAAAAGAAGAACUAAAAGAAAAUAUAGAAGAAGCACAAAAAGACGAAGAAAUAGAACAAACAUAUUGUUUUUGUCAUCAACCUUCUUUUGGCGAUAUGAUAUCUUGUGAUAAUGAAAAAUCAUGUCCUAAUGGAGAAUGGUUUCAUUAUAAAUGUGUUGGAUUAUUAAAUAGAGUAGAUGCUUUAAAAUACACAACGGGAAAAAUAUCAUGGUAUUGUUCAGAUCAUUGUCGAGAAAUUGGUGAACAAGAUAAAUUAAAAAAAUUAGAAAUUUUGAAAAGGAAAAGAAAACGGAAAUGGUAA